ACAUCAUCGAGUUUUAGAAAAAACCUCUAGCAAUUUAAUUUUCACAUUGUUGAUGGCAAAGUGCUUAAAUUUUAUUGUGUUAGAUAUCAAUCAGACUUCACAAUAAGUCAAAAAGGUAAGUAGUUCUACUUUUACAGCACUUGCACUUUACAGGUACGUUAGAGUUGCAAAACACUUUCUUGCUUGUUAUAACCCCAUAAAUAAAACAAAAGGACAAACUUUGUUUAAGCGUCUUAAUGUUGGUAAUCAAUCAACGUUCCAAAUGAUUUCCCUAUUUCCUUAUUUCAUCGCAUUUACCAGGACAUUUCCUUAAUCCACAUGUAACAAAGUGUACCGAUAAGGGCCUAAUCAAAUUGCUUUUAAACAUUUAAUUACAAAGCUAGUAGGCUCCGCAAGCAAAUUCUGUUUUGAUAGGUAAGAUUUAUCGAGUACUCCGAAUGAUUUAGUAGACCCGAUUCAAUGACUUAUCAUGGGUUAAGAGUGAGAGAAAAGAAUAAGGAAAAAUAACAUACUAAUCCGUAAUAAGAAUCAUAAUUAACUAAUAGAAUAAAACUUGUAAACUCAUAGUCAAGAGGUAAAAAAAAAAAAAAAAAAAAACUAAUUGUCUAUACGAAAUAAAAUAAAUUGACCCCAACCCUUAAGCGACUUGAAAGACUUAUCUAUUAGAAACGCAUUCCAUAUAUAGAUCUUAUGAUAGUAUUUACUUAUUUAGGUAAAUAAUACGAAGUAUAUUUAAGUGAUAUUCUAAGAUAGAAUUAUGUUAUCUAUUGAUAUUAAAACAAUAUCUUAUUAAUUAGGAAAGUUCAAGGUGUUAGAAUAUCUUGUUUUCUAGGCCUAGUAGGAUUACGUUGUUGUUAUUGUAUAAAUAUCCAUAAUAAGGAGAAGCCAGACUAUUUAACACUCUUUUAACUUAAACUCAUCACAUACUUUAUUUCCUUAUAUAUAGUUAUAUAUUACAACAUAUAUAUGAUGAUCGAAAAGAGCACAUUAUUUGAUUAAAAAAAACAUAUCAUACAAAUUGUGAGAGUAAAUUUUCUACAAUGGAAGAAGCUGUUGCCGGAGGAGAACAACAUAAGCAUCUAAACAAAUUUGCUUGUGCUGCUGCUAUCCUUGCCUCUACAAUUUCUAUCAUAUUUGGCUAUGAUACUGGAGUUAUGAGUGGAGCAAUGAUUUUCAUCAAAGAAGACCUCAAAAUCAAUGACACCCAAAUAGAAGUACUAGCAGGGAUACUUAACUUGUGUGCAUUGGUUGGCUCUCUAAUAGCCGGGAGGACUUCCGACUACAUCGGUCGACGCUACACAAUCGUCGUAGCAUCCACCCUCUUCUUGUUAGGCUCCAUCUUGAUGGGUUAUGGCAUGAACUUCGCGGUCUUAAUGACCGGGAGGUGCAUUGCUGGAUUCGGCGUAGGCUUUGCCCUUAUGAUCGCGCCAAUAUAUACAGCCGAGAUUUCUUCAGCUACACAUAGAGGAAAACUAUCAUCAUUACCCGAGUUUUGCAUUAGUCUUGGUAUUUUAUUAGGAUAUGUCUCAAAUUACAUGUUUGGAAAACUAACGUUGAAGUUAGGUUGGAGGCUAAUGCUCGGCGUGGCAGCCAUACCGUCUCUUGGUUUGAUCUUUGGGGUCCUUAAAAUGCCCGAGUCUCCACGGUGGCUCGUCAUGAAAGGCCGCACAGAGGACGCUAAAAGAGUCCUUAAGUUGGUGUCUAACUCGAAACACGAGGCCGAGAUUAGGCUUGAAGAUAUAAUAACAACCGUAGAGUCUUCAAAAAUGCUAGAUAAAAAGUCCCAAACCGAGUUUUCCUUAUGGAAGGAGCUCCUCUUUAAGCCCACCUUAGCGGUUCGUUGGACUUUAUUUGCUGCCAUAGGCAUCCAUUUCUUCGAACACGCAACCGGCAUAGAAGCUGUCAUACUAUAUAGCCCUAGGAUCUUUAAGGCGGUCGGCAUCACUAGCAAGAACAAGCUCUUGCUAGCAAAUGUUGGCCUAGGGGUGGUCAAGACACUUUUCAUUUUAGUAGCCACUUUUUUAUUAGACAAAGUUGGUCGACGUCCAUUGCUAUUGACAAGCACAGCUGGGGUAAUACUCGCCCUUAUAGCACUUGGGGUCGGGCUAACUUUCACCAGCUGUUAUCCUCAUGGUAACACCACAUCAGCAAUGUUGCCUAUACAGGAAAAAUUUUGUAGGCUACCUAUUGUUGCAAACUCAAAAAACCAUGCAUCAUGGGCUUUAGCACUAUCUAUAUGUGCCACAUACAUUUAUAUGGCCUUCUUCUCAAUUGGGAUAUCUCCCAUCACUUGGGUUUAUACAUCUGAGAUAUUUCCGCUUAAGUUUCGAGCCGUCGGCGCAGGACUUGCUGUGGCUGUGAAUAGGUUUAUGAAUGCUGCUGUAUCAAUGAGUUUCAUAUCAAUGUAUAAGGCUAUUACAAUUGGUGGGACUUUCUUCUUGUUUGGUGGGCUUGCGAUGAUGGCUUGGUUAUUUUUCUACUUCUUUUUGCCUGAGACAAAAGGAAAAUCUUUGGAAGAAAUUGAGAUGAUGUUUAGCAAGAAAACUCAAGCAAUAAAUGAGGAUCAUUUUGUGAACAAAAAGUAAUGGAUCAUAGGAAUUAGGAAUAAAAUAGGAGGGAAAUGUAAUUUGUAAUUUGUUGAAUGUUAGAAGAUUAUUUUAAAUGAUAAAUUGAUUAAAUUUUCAAAAUUUGAUUAUUGAUAGAUAAUUUGUACCAGUAUCUUUUUUUCAAGUUUCAAAUCAAUUCAGUUAUCACCAGGAGAAUCCAAGAAGUUUAAAUUUGUAGUCU